GAUGUUUAUAAAUAGUUUAUUCACCUUUACAGUGUUUUUAUUUUAUUAUAAAACAAGGAGGGGAAGAAUAAAAGAACUGGGAGGGGGGGGGUCAGUUUAACAUGAAAUGUCUCCAUGGUGAUACAGGCCUGUAGUUAAGAUGGGUUUUCAGUUUGUUUGAUUACAAAAUCAAUACCUGACAAAUAAAAACACGACAAUCGUCAUCAUGAACAGAAACACUGUGGACCACUGAGCUGACACCUGAAACUGAAGCAGACGCUCGGCUCCGAAGAGUUCUGCUGCUGAACUGACGCCCGACAAGAGCGUUUACACGAGGACAUGGACCUCCUGAUACUCCGAAUAUCCUCAAACCUCAGACUCCAGCGGUGUUUGGACCGGGCUGAGAUACAGAGGACUCUCAGGAGCAGAAAACUGCGGCAGCUUCAGGGAAAGGUGCGGUCACAUGACACCCCCGGACUCUGAAUACUUACUCCAUCUCUUUAAAAAAAAAGCCAGAACUACAAGUUUAAGAACGAACUUCCUGUCUUGCUGCGAUCUCUGACACUCACAGGUCGUGGAUCCUUGAAUUUGUACUUUCAGUCAGUAGAAACAUCGAUACUCCGGGUUUGAAAUGUCGACUCGGUUAAUCUAGAGAGGCUUUUAUACAACAUGAGACUGCACCACCAUCAUAUCCUCUAACAGAGCUCAGCUCCACGGAAGAGGAGGGCGGGUGUGACCGCACCUUAAGGCAAAAAGAAGUACAUGAAUAUUGACCAUGUUCACUCCGUCACCUCCAAACGAACAAACAUGAAAAUAAAACAUCAAAGUCGGAGCUUCAUUUUGGCAGGUUUGGUAUGAGAUGUAAACAGAAAAAAAACAUCGUUAACGAAACAAAGAAGCUUUUCCACUGAAGGAAGUACACAAGUUUGAGUUUCCUGUUGUAACCUGGAGCUGUGAUUGUUGGGGGUCAAAGGUCAAUCCAGAGUGGGGAUGGGAAUGGAUCAGAUUUUAUCAAUACCGAUGCUUACCGAUGAUUUUGAUUGGACGUUACAGGUCAGCUUAUUGCAGAUAAAGUCUCUGAUUGGUGGACACACCAAAACAAAGACGGGAUUAUUUGACAAUAAUCUCACAAACCUUCGACAUGAAUCAUUGGGGUUGGAUCUGUUUGGUGUCUAAAUACUCAGAUCCUCUUUGUGGGACAGAACAGGUCCGGAGUUUAUCAGGCUGCUGGUCUCACAAAGCCAGUGGAUUUUCCAGAGAGUCAGUCCGUCAGAUCGCUCCUAUCUUCUGUCCAACAUCUUUUACUCUCUCGGUUGUCAUUCAUGUUGACUGACUCUCAUGAUUCUGUUGUUUGGAAAGUCAUAAAAACUAAGAAAGGCAUCGGUAAGGGGACCGUUAAGUAUAAAGGCAAAUGAAGUCCAUGGACUCAAAACUAGUUCUUGAUUCCCAUCCCUAAUCUAGAGUCCUGUUUCGGGGGAACAAAUCCAAGUUCUGUGAUCCUCCAAACACCGUUGACCUCGUCUAAAACACAGAGAAUCACUGAUCUGCAGACUGAACUCAUGACGCCUCCAAAUUUAGAUUCAGGUUUUUGUGCGUCUGUGACUAGUUCACACCAACACGACCUGAAGUUUAGCUGGAAGAACCAGAGAUCAGUUCUGGGAGUUCCCUGUGACUCUGAGUCUGCGCAGAGACCCUGGACGUCUGCUGGACACUUGGUUUAAAAACGUUCCUUUUACACUUCUGCUAAGUUCAGUAAAAUCUGAGUCAAGGACCGAAUCCUCAUCCUGCAUUAAGGCCGGUUCUGCUAACGUGGAAUCAGUGUCAGUAUCUGAUCGGACCUCCGAGACGGUCAUGACAAAAUUAAAAGAGGAUGCGUUGCUCGUGACCCAUUCCUAUAAAACGGUCAAAAGAAAACAGACGAAGAGCACCUCAGUCAGAGAGAUGGACAGCACCAACCUGGCCUCAAGUUCCCAGAAUCCCUCAGUGCACACCUUUACGUGCACACCUGUAUGUGCGGUGUACAAUUAGAGUUCAACAGAGGGGGCUUAAACCUAGACCGCCACACCAUGACCUCUCCACUUUGGGGGAAUUAUUGUGGAAUUUGACAGACUCACCGUUACGGUAGUUUACGAGUUCUGUUUCUGGUUUUUAAACUGGACUGCAGUCAUUGGGUUUUCCUGUUGAUCAGUUUCAGGUUGUAACCCCCUCUGGUGAACGAGUCCACACAGUGAUGUCUCAACAGGUUGGUGAAAGGAAGUGAGGCCAGGUCUGACAGCACCUAACAGGACUCAAGACAGGAAGUGUGUCGUUGUUGCUGUGAAACACACGAAGAGAGCCUGUGGAUUCAUCGUCACUGACCACAAAGCUGCUUGGCGUCCGAGUUAGAGAGACCAGACGAACACUCGUGGCUGGUAAAGAGCACCACAGAUGGACAACAGGCUAAGAUCAACCCUGGUCAGCUUAGCUUAGACCCAGACAGAUGAAGUGUUGGCCCAACAACUGUUCACUGGUUUACUGUUGGUUCAGGAUGUGAUCACGCAGGAUGGGAUUUCUUUAAAAUCUGUUUCUUUCACUCUUCUACUUGUAAUUAUCCAAACGCCUCUCAACACGCAGCCUUUACUGGUUUUAGCUUUGGCUCAGGGAUUUACAGAGGAGUGUCCUCGUCCCUUAGUCCAUUAAAAACCAAUUCUGUUUUUAUCAACACUUUCAUCACAGCCAAACUUUGUUUAGGGGUUUUAGGAAAGCCCAACACCCUACGACUUAGGGGCCGUUUCUUGGACCAGCGCCUUUUCAAUCUCAGGAUUAGUUGGAGAGACUCUCAGUCGAGACUCUUUUACCUACUCCAGAGUCAAACAGUUUUCAGACAUCUGGGAUGCCACUCUCUUGAGGCGGCCUCCUCAGUCUCUGGAUUCGGGUCCUGUUGACACCGGGAUGGAAUCACAUGCUGGGAAAAGAGUCCUUUUGUUUAGAAAUCUGAGGGUUCUCCGGCCCGUGGAGUACAUCCUGCAUGAUCACGAUCUUGAAAAGGACCACCGGGUUGACAGCAACAACUUCAACACCUUCAGGGUGAACGGGACCAACACAGAGCCAACGAACGGUAUUAGCACCAAAUGUAGGGACGGAAAUCAGACAUCGAGAGUUUUGCUUUUACCAACACUCAAUCUGGAGGCAGAUGUUCCUCUGGAUGACCAUGAAGGAUGCUCCAAUCUAUCAGAACCAAUUGGCACCAAUAAGCCGAGCAAGCGACUUCUGACAAUAUGGUCUCAAGUUUGGGACCGUCAAUUUGACAUCCAGCUGGGGGUGAUUUGGGACUCUACUUUGUGGAUCCAAGGGGGGGCAUCUACAAAUCGGUCAUGAACUCUGAGGAAGCCCAAACUCCAGGGAUCAGACGUGGACCGGUCUGCUCCGUGGAAAACAAACCCAUGAGAGAAUCCACUUGUUUUUACUGAAUGGAGCAUCCCCAGUGGUCAGUGCCUCUCAGUCCUGAAAGAAUCGUCUCAAACUCGAUGUUAUGUCUUCAAAGUUGUCCCAUCAGUUAGGGGGACAGCUGUCAAAAGCUGAAGUGCUUAAAUGUCUCUAAAAAAGUUCUAUGGUAAUCGUCUACGGACAGAGUUAUAGUUAUAGAGCAUCACCAAAGACACAUAUAGGCUGAAUCUCAUGGCUCCUAAGACUGAUGGUGAUGGUGCUGGAGGCUGUUUGGUCAGCACAGCAGCCGGAAGUUAAUCCAUACAUCCAUUCAUUCAUUCAUUAGCUUUACUGUUUAUGCUGCUUGGGGUCACCGGAGACCAUCCCAGCUAUCAUUGGGCGGAAGGCAGAGGACAGAUCACCAGGGUAGCCGGGAGUUACUGCAAGCUCAAACAAACCUCCAGCACCUUUGUGGAUGGAGUUUCCUGACAUGACCAACCGUACUCUGGAGCUGCACAUGGACCAAACAUCCACCUAUACCUCAGGUUUUACACUUAUCAAGCAGACACACCAGUACACGUCUAACCACGCGGAGUCCUGCCGUCGAACCUGAGGAACUCUCAGCUAAAACUUUACAAAGUUUACAGAACGAGACAUCCACAGGAGCCAGGUCAGCUUACUUGGAUGGACUCGUCAAACAAAACCACCUGUGUUUAUGGACUGUCUGUUAUAGGGAGCAAACCCUGACCACACAGCGUCCGGCAGACCCAAACCCGUUGCCUGAAGUCUUGGAUUUCUGCUUUAGUUUGUGUCGGCGUGUGCGAGCCUACGUCAGCGUAUGAAGGAAUGCUUAUACUGUGGGUAGCUUGUUUGUCAUUUAGCUUAAUGUUUGAUAAAAGUCAGAGAAUAGCAAAAAUAAGUUUGUGUAACUGUAGAAGCUGAUUGAAGGGCUGAAGAGGAUCCCUCUGUGCAAAACUGAAGACAGACAGACGGACAGAAAAGGAGCUUUUGUUCACAGUAGGUUUGUACUGGAGCGGGUUCGAACAGUAGAUGAUUGACAGAAAUGCAGCAGAUGAUGAACGUUUCUCUUCUCUGUUGUCACAUUCAAACCGUCACUUCUCCCUGUGUGCUGGUUCAGAUCCAGUCCGGGUUAUAUAAUCCACUAAAACCAGCAAAGAGACCACUGGGAGUUAUUCAGGACUGGGGACAGAUUUAAAAUGACACUGGGACAGUUCAGGGUUUGGGUUGGUCUUUUUCUAGUUAUAGGCCUGAACUCUGGUCACAUGAUGUGUCAACGCUGAAGUGCAGCCUCCCACCACUCACCAGAACCAUGGGAACCAGAACCAUGGGAACCAGAACCAUGCUCUAUGACCGAAACAGUCACAGAUGACCGGUCUGCAACCACUUCACCACAGUGAUGGGACAC